AUGCAAAUCAAACUUUUCAACAACAAUUCAGCAACUGGUCGAGGUCUUAGACAACGACUCUCCCAAAUGGCAAACUCCAUGUUCUCAAAGAGAAAUCUCUUAUUCAUCGUUUUGGUCAUCAUUUACUUGAUGGGAGGAAUGAUGAAUAAUUUGGGAGUGCAAAUUAUGGGCUACUACAUGCCAUUGUACAAUUCUGGUUUCUUAUUGUAUGGAACUACCUUCAUGUACACCUCCUUCUUUAUUGUAACUGAAAUUUUCCUUUCCAUUGUUGUUCAGAAACAUUCAUUCAAGCAAAUCAAGGAAAGAUGGUGUUUGUACUAUAACAAGAAGUUGAUCAUUUGUGUUUUGGCACUUGGUUUCUUUACUGCUUUCAAUGGAAUUUUCGCACAGAGUGCCAUUCCAUUUGUUGAUCCAGAAUUGACUGCCAUUUUGACUCAAGUUUCUGCUCCUCUCACAUGGAUCAUGUAUCCAUUGAUUUUGAGAAAGAAAUAUGAUUUGGGUCAAAUUGGCUGUUUCCUGCUCAUUCUCUCCGGACUCCUCUUUGGUUCCAUCUACUCCUAUAUGAAUGGAACUGGCUCAGAAACCACCUUCUCAAACUCUGCCUUCUGGCUCAUCAUUUCCAUUUGUUCUGCCAUUCCAACAGCUUUUGAAACUAUCUAUCAAGAGGUGGCCUAUGAUUCCUACAAGGCACCUACCUUCAUCGUCUUGGUCUAUUACAAUCUAUUCUCAUUGAUUGUCUAUGCUGCAUGGAUGUUCAUGACCAUGGUUCCAAACUUUGGCUCAUGUAAUGUUCCAGCUCACACUCCACUCUCCAUGUGUUCCAUGAAUGCAACCACAUGUUCUGCCACUCAGGUAUUUGAGCAACAGGGAGAAGCAUUCCAAUGCUUUUUUGGGAAUUAUGAUGUGUCUUCAUGUUGUGGUGGUUGGCAAGCCACAUUGUGGACAUGUAUAUUCGUGGCUGGAUACUAUGUUUAUUUCGUGAGUGGAUCUUAUCUGAUUGAAAAGUUUGGAUCCAAUGUUUUGGCCAAUUUGAAUGCCUUGUUGUAUCCAUUGACUGCUGUUUGCUUUUGGAUUAAACCAUUAGUUGGACAAUUUUCUAGUCAACCAACUUGGUGGAUUAUUGUUUCAUUGAUUAUUAUUACAUUGGGAAAUAUUGGAUAUGAAGUAUUCGCUCGAAAGCCACUUUAUGAGAUGGAUCCCAAGUUUUUACCCUGGAAUCACUUGAGACAUGAGGUUAGUGAGGAGAAGAAUCAAACGAAAGGAGGCGAACCCCAUUCGAAUGUUUCAAUUAAUGAUUCUUCAGAAGUUAUUGAACCAAUUAUUUAUCAUCAGAGUGAUGAUAUUGUUUACAAUGACAAUGAAGGUAUCACCAGCAAUAAUACUAAUAAUUUGGAUAAUCAACAAGAUGAGGAAGAGAAGGAAAAGUAUCCAUUAAUUAAUCACAACAAUAAGAAUUAA